GAAAAGGCGAAGGAGGAGAAGGCAGACCGAGGCGAGGGAGGCAGGAAGGGAAGGAGGAGGAGGAGGAGGGGACGCCCGGCAGUGCUGGAUGCAGCGAGCACGGUUGGAAGAGCAGCCGCCGCCGCCGCCGCCUCCUCUUUUGGCCGGGGAGCGUCUCUGCUGCUGAGCCCGAGCUGCUCGCGGAGGCGGCGAGGGAGCCAAGCCCCCUUGCAGCGGCGCGGACGCGACACCCGAGGGCAAGGGGGAGCGACAGAGGAGCUGCGAGGAAGGCUGGCACGCAGCGCAGCGCAGGCAGGCAGGCGAGCAGGCAAGAGCCGCUUCUCUCUUCGCCUUGAGCCGCCCAGGCACCCCCACCACCGCGGGCAAGAUGUGGCUGGGCAGGCUGCUGCUGAGGUUCGCCCUGGGAUUUACUGUGCUGCUGCUCUGCGCUUCGUCCCCGGGCCAAGGGGCUGCUCAGAGCCACCUGGAAGCGGACGUCGCCGCCGCCGCCGUCGCGAAGGAAACCAACAGCCGGGCCAGCCGGGCCAAGAGGCGAGGGCAGUCGGGAGUCGCCGCCGGGCACGAUGCGCUCAAAGGACCCAACGUAUGUGGAUCACGUUACAAUGCCUACUGUUGUCCUGGAUGGAAAACAUUACCUGGCGGAAACCAGUGCAUAGUCCCAAUUUGUAGACAUUCCUGUGGAGAUGGAUUUUGCUCAAGACCAAACAUGUGCACAUGUCCAAGCGGCCAGAUUGCCCCCUCCUGUGGCUCAAAAUCAGUGCAACACUGCAACAUCAGAUGUAUGAAUGGAGGCACGUGUAGUGAUGACCAUUGUCUCUGUCAGAAAGGGUACACAGGAGCACAGUGUGUACAGCCUGUCUGUGAAAGUGGGUGUCUGAAUGGAGGCAGAUGUGUUGCGCCCAACAGGUGCGCCUGCACGUAUGGUUUUACCGGACCCCAGUGUGAACGAGACUACAGGACUGGCCCGUGCUUCACAUUGGUCACCAACCAGAUGUGCCAAGGGCAGCUCAGUGGGAUAGUCUGCACAAAAACCCUCUGCUGUGCGACCGUCGGGAGAGCGUGGGGCCACCCGUGCGAAAUGUGUCCGGCUCAGCCUCAUCCUUGUCGCCGGGGCUUCAUUCCAAACAUCCGGACGGGAGCCUGUCAAGAUGUGGAUGAGUGCCAAGCUAUCCCGGGGAUUUGUCAAGGGGGAAAUUGCAUUAAUACUGUUGGAUCUUUUGAGUGCAAGUGCCCAGCUGGACACAAGUUUAAUGAAGUGACACAAAAAUGUGACGAUAUUGAUGAGUGCAGUACCAUUCCUGGAAUCUGUGAUGGCGGAGAAUGUUCCAACACAGUUAGCAGUUACUUCUGUAAAUGCCCUUCUGGAUUUUACACAGCCCCUGAUGGCUCCAGGUGCAUAGAUGUACGCCCUGGAUACUGCUUUUCUUCACUCACUAAUGGCCGCUGCGGCAACCAACUGCAACAGGUGUUUACCAAAAUGCAGUGCUGUUGUGACUCUGGACGGUGCUGGUCUCCUGGAGCAACUAGUGCCCCGGAAAUGUGUCCCAUCAGAGCUACUGAGGAGUUCCGCAAAUUAUGCGUAUUUGAUGGCUUACCACCACUGAGACCAGAAAUCCCUGGCAGGCCUCCUAUCAUCUAUCCUCUACCUGACACAUAUCCUCCCCUACCAGGACCAGGACCACAAGUUGUUGUUCCGUCCCGUAGACCAGAUAUUCAGCCAGUUAAUGUCACUCACCCCAACUAUUGCCAGGUAUAUCAAAAUCUUUGCAUCAAUGGACGCUGUAUCCCAACUCCUGGAAGUUAUCGCUGUGAAUGUAAGAAAGGAUUUGAACUGGAUCUCAGAGGGGAAUGCAUUGAUGUUGAUGAGUGUGAGAGGAGCCCUUGUAUUGGCGGAGACUGUGUAAAUACGCAAGGAUCCUACAUAUGCCAGUGCCGGCCUGGAUAUCAAAGUACCCUUAUGAGGACAGAAUGCCGAGAUAUUGAUGAAUGCUUGCAGAAUGGCCGGAUAUGUAAUCAUGGGCGGUGCAUAAACACUGAUGGCAGUUUCCACUGCGUUUGCAAUGCUGGCUUUCAUGUGUCAGCUGAUGGGAGAAACUGUGAAGAUAUGGACGAAUGCAGCAUACGGAAUAUGUGUCUUAAUGGUAUGUGCAUCAAUGAAGAUGGAAGCUUUAAGUGCAUUUGCAAACCUGGUUUCCAGUUAGCUCCAGAUGGACGUUACUGCAGAGACAUUGAUGAGUGUGAAACACCUGGAAUAUGCAUGAAUGGACGUUGUGUAAAUAUGGAAGGUUCUUUCCGAUGCGAUUGCCUCCCUGGCCUUGCUGUGGGACUGGAUGGACGCGUGUGUGUUGAUACACAUAUGCGAAGCACAUGCUAUGGUGAAUACAGGAGAGGUCAAUGUGUUAAACCAUUAUCGGGAGCAGUUACUAAAUCAGAAUGUUGUUGUGCCAGCACGGACUAUGCAUUUGGGGAACCUUGCAGGCCUUGUCCUGCACAAAGCUCAGAUGAGUACCAUGCUCUUUGUAGCAGUGGCCCAGGCAUCACAGCAGCAGGAACUGACAUCAAUGAAUGUGCAUUGGAUCCUGACAUAUGUCCCAAUGGAAUCUGUGAAAACCUGCGUGGAACGUACAAAUGCAUUUGUAAUGCUGGGUAUGAAGUUGACUCGACUGGAAAAAACUGCAUAGACAUUGAUGAAUGCGCGCUAAACAGAUUACUUUGUGACAAUGGACAAUGCAGAAACACCCCUGGCAGCUUUACUUGCACAUGCCCCAAGGGAUUUGCCUAUAAGCCUGAGCAGCAAACAUGUGAAGAUAUUAAUGAGUGUGAAUCCAACCCCUGUAUUAAUGGAGUGUGCAAAAAUACCCCUGGCUCUUUUGUCUGUGAAUGUUCCUCGGAAAGCACUUUGGAUGCAACAAGAACCAUCUGUAUUGAGACUGUUAAAGGCACUUGUUGGCAGAGCAUUGUGAAUGGGAGGUGUGAAAUAAAUAUCAAUGGGGCCACUCUAAAGUCACAGUGCUGUUCCUCACUGGGUGCUGCUUGGGGUAGUCCCUGCAUUCCUUGUGAUCGAGACCCAGUUUGUUCAAGAGGAUACUCAAGGAUAAGAGGCACACAAUGUGAAGAUAUCAAUGAGUGUGAAGUGUUCCCUGGAGUGUGUACUAAUGGACACUGUGUCAAUACGCUGGGAUCCUUUAUUUGCCAGUGCCCCACUGGAAUGACUUUGGAUGCAACUGGACGGAGGUGUAUCGAUAUUCGUUUGGAGUCAUGCUACUUGGAUCACGAUGAUGAAGACUGCACAAAACCCAUCGGAGGGCGACACCGACUGGAUGCCUGUUGCUGCUCUGUGGGUGCAGCCUGGGGCCCUGACUGUGACGAAUGCCCCACAAAGGGAACACCUGAAUAUGAAGCUCUUUGCCCAAGACCUGGAUUUUCUACUCGAGGAGAGAUUAUAAAUGGGAAACCAUUCUACAAAGACAUCAAUGAAUGCAAAAUGAUCCCAAGCCUUUGCACCUAUGGAAAAUGCAGAAACACCAUUGGAAGUUUCCGAUGUAAAUGCGACAGUGGGUUUGCCCUUGAUUCUGAAGAAAGAAACUGCACAGAUAUUGAUGAAUGUCGCAUCUCUCCUGACCUGUGUGGCCAAGGGCUCUGUGUCAACACACCUGGAGACUUUCACUGUGACUGUUUUGAAGGUUAUGAAAGUGGAUUCAUGAUGAUGAAAAACUGCAUGGACAUUGAUGAAUGUGAAAGGAAUCCUCUGUUGUGCAGAGGGGGCGUGUGCAUAAACACCGAAGGAAGCUUCAGAUGCGAGUGCCCUCCAGGUCAUCAAUUGUCUCCAAACAUCUCUGCCUGUAUAGACAUUAAUGAAUGUGACCUGAGUAUAAAUUUGUGCAGAAAUGGACGUUGUGUCAACCUCAUUGGAAAGUAUCAGUGUGCCUGCAACCCUGGAUAUCAGUCAACACCUGACAAAUUAUAUUGUAUUGAUAUUGAUGAAUGCGACAUCAUGAAUGGCGGCUGUGACACCUUCUGUACAAAUUCAGAAGGCAGCUAUGAGUGUAGCUGUAGACCAGGAUUUGCGCUGAUGCCAGACCACAGAACUUGCACUGAUAUUGAUGAGUGUGAAGACAAUCCUAACAUCUGUGAUGGUGGCCAGUGCACAAACAUACCUGGAGAAUACAGAUGUCUUUGUUAUGAUGGAUUCAUGGCAACUGAUGACAUGAAGAGUUGUUUAGAUGUUGAUGAAUGUGAACUGAACAAGGACAUCUGUUUGAGUGGAACUUGUGAGAAUACAAAAGGAUCCUUUAUCUGUCACUGUGAUUUGGGAUAUUCUGGUAAAAAAGGAUCAACUGGUUGCACAGAUAUUAACGAAUGUGAAAUUGGAGCCCAUAACUGUGAUCGGAAUGCUAUCUGUACGAACACAGCUGGAAGUUUCAAAUGCAGUUGCGGUCCGGGUUGGAUUGGAGAUGGUAUCAAAUGUACAGAUCUGGAUGAAUGCUCCAAUGGGACACACACGUGCAGCCCACAUGCAGAUUGCAAAAAUACCAUGGGAUCAUACCGUUGCCUGUGCAAAGAAGGGUACACUGGGGAUGGAUUCACAUGCACAGAUCUUGAUGAAUGCUCAGAAAACCUAAAUCUCUGUGAAAAUGGGCAGUGCCUCAAUGCUCCAGGAGGUUAUCGCUGUGAAUGUGACAUGGGAUUUUUGCCAAGUGAAGAUGGGAAAGCCUGUGAAGAUAUUGAUGAGUGUACCCUUCCUAGCAUAUGUGUCUUUGGGACCUGUCACAACCUCCCUGGCCUGUUCCGAUGUCAGUGUGAGACAGGAUACGAAUUGGACAGAAGUGGCGGUAACUGCACAGACAUCAACGAGUGCGCAGAUCCCACAACUUGUAUGAGUGGCACUUGUCUCAACAUCCCAGGCAGUUACACCUGUGAAUGCCCACCUGACUUUGAGCUGAACCCUACUCGUGUUGGAUGUGUUGACACACGCUCUGGCCACUGUUACUUGGAGAUUAAACCUCGAGGAGACAAUGGAGACUCAGCUUGCAGCAAUGAAAUCGGGAUUGGGGUUUCGAAGUCCUCUUGCUGCUGUUCUCUUGGCAAAGCAUGGGGGAUUCCAUGUGAAGCGUGCCCAGCUGUGAACUCAAGUGACUACAAGGUGCUCUGUCCUGGAGGAGAAGGAUUCCGACCCAAUCCUAUUACAGUUAUUUUGGAGGAUAUUGAUGAGUGCAUUGAGCUACCUGGACUCUGCCAAGGAGGACAAUGUAUCAAUUCAUUUGGUAGCUUUCAGUGUCAGUGUCCAUCCGGCUACUACUUGAAUGAAGAUACUCGAGUAUGUGAUGACGUUGAUGAAUGCAUCACCCCUGGCAUCUGUGGGCCUGGCACUUGCUACAACACCAUCGGCAACUACACCUGUAUUUGUCCUCCUGACUACAUGCAAGUCAAUGGCGGGAACAACUGUAUGGAUAUGAGGAGGAGUCUGUGCUACAGAAACUUUUAUGCUGACAAUCAAACCUGUGAUGGAGAGCUGCUUUUUAACAUGACCAAAAAAAUGUGCUGCUGUUCCUACAACAUUGGGCGAGCCUGGAAUAGACCGUGUGAACAAUGCCCCGUCCCGAGCACUGAUGAAUUUUCAACUCUUUGUGGAAGUCAAAGGCCUGGUUUCUUCAUUGACAUUUACACAGGGUUACCAGUUGAUAUUGAUGAAUGCCGUGAGAUCCCUGGUAUGUGUGAGAAUGGGGUCUGCAUAAACCUGGUCGGCAGUUUCCGAUGUGAAUGUCCAGGAGGAUUCAUUUACAAUGAGAAGUUACUGAUCUGUGAAGAUAUUGAUGAAUGUCAAAAUGGGCAGGUGUGUCAGCAGCAUGCUGAGUGCAUCAACACACCAGGGAGCUACCGCUGCGAUUGCAAACCUGGUUAUCGGUUCACGUCACUAGGCUGGUGUGUUGAUCGCGAUGAAUGUAAAGAGAUGCCCAAUCUCUGUAGCCAUGGUACAUGCCAUGACCAGGAUGGAGGCUAUUACUGCACUUGUGAUACUGGAUUCAAAACAAAUGAUGACAGAACUAUGUGUGUGGAUAUCAAUGAAUGUGAUCGAGACCCAUGUGGAAAUGGCACCUGCAGGAAUACUGUAGGCUCUUUCAACUGCCGCUGUCAUACAGGAUUCAUCCUUUCUCACAAUAAUGACUGUAUAGAUGUUGAUGAAUGUGCCAGUGGAAAUGGAAUGCUGUGCAGAAAUGGCCGGUGCAUCAACACGGUUGGGUCUUUCCAGUGUCUCUGCAGUGAUGGCUAUGAGAUAUCUCCAGAUGGAAGGGUUUGUGUUGAUAUUAAUGAGUGUGCAUUGGAUCCUGGUAAAUGUUCACCUGGUACAUGUCAAAACCUGGAUGGUUCAUAUAGGUGCAUAUGCCCUGUUGGAUACAGCCUAGAUAAGGACAACUGUAUUGAUAUUGAUGAGUGUACAGAAGAGGCAAACAUCUGUGUCUUGGGUACUUGCAGCAAUACUCCAGGCAGCUUCACUUGCUUGUGUCCUGAGGGGUUCAUAGUGACCUCUGAUGGAAGAAGAUGUAAUGAUCUGAGAAUGAGCUACUGCUUUACCAAAUUUGAAGAAGGAAAAUGUGUGGUUCCCAAAGCCAGAAACCAUUCCAAGCACGAGUGCUGCUGCAAUAUGCGUGGGGAAGGGUGGGGUGAGCCAUGUGAACUGUGCCCACAAGAAGGACAAGAGGCUUAUAAGGACAUUUGUCCAUUUGGAUAUGGCAUUAUGAUUGGCCCUGGUGGUGAACCCAUUGAUGCUGAUGAGUGCCUAGAUCCAGACAACUGUAAAAAUGGGCAAUGCAUCAACACAGAUGGUUCCUUCCGCUGCGAGUGCCCCUUUGGUUACGUAAUUCACGGAUCUGAAUGUGUCGAUACUGAUGAGUGCUCUGUAGGAAGCCCGUGUGGAAAUGGAACUUGUAAGAAUAUUAUUGGCAGUUUUGAAUGUACCUGUGAGGAAGGGUUUGAGCCGGGACCAAUGGUGACAUGUGAAGACAUAAACGAAUGUGCUCAGAAUCCUCUCCUUUGUGCCUUCCGAUGUGUGAAUACAUAUGGAUCCUAUGAAUGCAAAUGUCCUGCUGGCUACAUCCUCAGAGAAGACAGAAGAAUGUGCAAAGAUCAGAAUGAGUGUGAAGAAGGAAUUCAUGACUGUGACUCAAAGAACAUGGAGUGUAAAAACCUGAUUGGCACAUAUAUGUGCAUAUGUGGCCCUGGAUAUCAACGCAGACCAGAUGGUGAAGCUUGCAUAGAUGAGAAUGAAUGCCAGACGAAACCUGGGAUCUGUGAAAAUGGACGCUGUGUGAAUACAGUAGGAAAGUACCGAUGCGAAUGUCAUGAUGGUUUCAACGCCAGUGCAGAUGAGACUGAAUGCAUAGACAACAGAGAAGGCUACUGUUUCACGGAAGUCCUACAGAGUAUGUGUCAGAUUGGAUCAAGCAACAGGAACCCCGUGACCAAAUCUGAAUGUUGCUGUGAUGGUGGGCGAGGAUGGGGACCCAACUGUGAGAUCUGCCCCUUCUUGGGCACUAUAGCUUUCAAAAAACUUUGUCCUUAUGGCCGUGGAUACACAACCACUGGAGCAGAUAUUGACGAGUGCAAGGUUAUCCAUGAUGUUUGCCAGAAUGGAAACUGUAUCAAUGAAAGAGGAUCAUACCGCUGUGACUGUAAAGAUGGCUACACUACAGAUAUAACAGGCACUCUUUGCAUAGAUCUAAAUGAGUGCAACCAGUCACCAAAGCCUUGCAAUUUCAUCUGCAAAAAUACUGAAGGGAGUUUUCAGUGCUCAUGUCCAAAAGGAUAUAUUUUGCAAGAAGAUGGGAGAAGCUGCAAAGAUCUUGAUGAAUGUGCAACCAAGCAACAUAACUGCCAGUUCCUUUGUGUCAACACCAUUGGGGGCUUUACUUGUAAAUGCCCACCUGGGUUUACUCAACAUCAUUCAGCAUGUAUUGAUAACAACGAAUGUGCUUCUGAUGUCAAUAUUUGUGGAUCUAAGGGCAUUUGUCAAAACACACCAGGAAGCUUCAAUUGUGAAUGUCAACGAGGCUUUGCACUUGACCAGACUGGAGCCAGCUGUGAAGACGUUGAUGAAUGUGACGGAAAUCAUCGGUGCCAGCACGGUUGCCAGAACAUAAUUGGAGGAUACAGGUGUAGCUGCCCACAAGGAUAUCUCCAGCACUACCAGUGGAACCAGUGUGUCGAUGAAAAUGAAUGCCUCAGUGCACAUAUCUGUGGUGGAGCAUCUUGCCACAACACUUUGGGAAGCUACAAAUGCAUGUGCCCUACUGGAUAUCACUUCGAGCAGUUCAGUGGAGCAUGCCAAGAUGUAAAUGAGUGUGGCUCUUCACAAGCACCCUGCAGCUACGGCUGCUCAAACACAGAAGGUGGCUAUGUCUGUGGAUGCCCACCUGGGUACUUCAGAGUAGGACAAGGGCAUUGCGUUUCUGGAAUGGGACUGGGCAAGGGUCAUGGCCAGGACUUACCAAUGAGUGGUGAAGUAGAUGACAAUUCACUUUCUCCAGAAGCAUGCUAUGACUGCAAGAUCAAUGGCUAUCCUAAGAGAGGAAGGAAACGGCGAAGCACAAAUGAAACAGAUGCUCUUGAGGCAGAGGAUCUGCCUGAGAUGGAGUCAGCUGUUAAUCUUGCCAGCUGGGAUAUUGAAAAACCAACCACCUUUUCUUUCAACAUCUCUGAUCUUGACAACAAAGAUCGCAUCUUAAAACUGAUCCCAGCUCUCACAACACUGACAAAUCACAAUCGAUAUUUAAUAGACCAUGGGAAUGAAGGUGGUUUCUUUAGGAUAAAUCAGAAAGAAGGGAUAAGUUUCCUUCACUUGACAAAGAAGAAGCCUGUGCCUGGAACCUACUCAUUACACAUCAGUAGUAUUCCACUCUAUAAAAAGAAGGAACUCAACCAGCUUGAAGAUAAACAUGACAAAGACUACCUCAGUGGUGAGCUAGGAGACAACCUGAAAAUGAAAAUUGAAAUUUUGCUUCACUAAUUCACCAACCAGAGACCAAAUAAUUAAAACCAAAGAUAGCUAGGUGAGACUUGAAUGUUUUCCCCCCAAUAAGGUUCUCCAUAUCACAGGUACAAGUCUUCAUGAAUACCUUUGAACACGUGAGCACUAUUUCAUUUCGACAUAAGCAAGGUACAGGAAGAAAACUGUAGCUCACAACAACCACUUUCUCAGGCUUCUUGUAAGUGUAGCUACCUUGAUAUGCUGAAUCUUGGAAACAGAGACUGCUGCUGGAAGUUGGCCACUGAUGCUGAGAUGAUAUCCUAUCAGCAGUGAUGCAAGAACACACGUUCCAUCAAUGGAUUGUUCUAUUUAAAACAACAAAUCUUAAAAUCUGCUUCUUCAGCUACACUUUACUAGGUCAGCAGUUUAUGAUAUCCAUUUGGUGCUAGAAGAUUUCCAAACUAGAUUUUAUAAAUGCACUGUAAUAUAUACACAACUUAGAAGCCAAAGAAAUUGCAAUUACUCCAUCUAAAUACAACAAUCAACCAAAGUUUAGCUCAGUAGUUUAUCUCAGUUAUACCUAUAAUACAGUACAUGUAAAUUAAGUGUGUGUAUACUGUAACCAUGCUAUUUUUUAUCAAUGAAGCAUUUGUAAACUAGAUUAAUAACACCCUUCAUGUGAGGGUUUAUAAUGGUGCUUAUAAGACCAACUACUUAACUGUAUACACAAAUCUGGUGAUGAAAUUUCUGUGACAACCAAAAUGCACUGAGGUCAGUGAGGACCAGUAAACAUUCUCAGAAGUCACAUGACACAGUGCCAUCCACCAUUACGUCAUGACAUAAUGUAACAUUGCGUGUCAAGAUUACCGACCAUCAUUCAUAUCAACAAGGGUUCAGUGUCAAAUGUCACAAUAAAACAGUGUCUUUUUUAGUUCA